AUGAAGAAGACGCUUAUUUUAUGCUUUAUUCAUGGAUUCAAGGGGGGCGAAUCCACGUUUGGAGACAACUACUCGUUUGUCGAGGAGCUUCGCGCGGCGGUGAUACGGGAGCUGCCUGGCAUUAGUAUCAAGGUGCUGGUGUAUCCGAAAUACGAGACGAGGGGCGACUUGGGUGAGGCCGUGAGCAGGUUCCGCAGCUGGCUGCAGGAUAAAGUCAUCGACUAUGAAGUCGCCAUGGGCACGGCAUCGCCAACGGUCGAGCCAUCCGUCCGGACGAUCUUGAUCGGACACUCCAUGGGCGGCAUCGUCGCUGCAGAGACGGUCAUGGGACUGGCUGCUGAGAAGCCCAUCUACACGGAAGACGGCAUUGACAAGUCUGGUGGCGGCCCGACGUUCAAUCACCUCAUGUUUCCUCGCAUCCAGGGCGUGUUGGCCUACGAUACUCCGUACCUGGGCAUUGCGCCCGGUGUGGUUGCGUACGGUGCUGAGGGCCAUUACCAGACGGCACAGUCGGCUCUUGGACAGCUGGGAUCGCUGUGGAAGAUGGUGGGAGGCGGCGGCGACGAAGCUGCUGCCACGGCCUCGGCUGCUUCGUCCGCGCUUACCAAGGCGCCGCCCGCCAAGGGUGACGAUGGCGGCUGGGGUUGGGGAAAGAUUGCCAUGUACGGAGCUGCUGCCUCGGCCGUGGCGGCGGGCGGAGCGGCGGCGUGGAUGAACCGCGAGCACAUCUCGACUGGCUGGUCCUGGGUGUCUUCCCACCUCGAGUUUGUGGGCUGCCUUGCUCGGCCUGAGGCUCUCAAGCAGCGAGUGGCGUACAUGGAGAAGCUGAGCGCGGAGCUGAACGUGGGCUUCGCCAAUCUGUAUACCCGGCUGGGCAAGGGGGCGGAGAGCAAGACGGUCAGCAUGGUCGGCACCGUGCUGGGCAAGGACAGGACGUUUUGCGUUGUGCCGAACAAGCAGCCUUCUGGGCACUGGAUAGCGGCUGUGAAUGAUAGUGUGCCAGACGAGAUCAACGCCCAUAUCAGCAUGUUUGAAGCCAAGAAGAACCCGGCAUUCGAGAAGCUGUUACAAGAUUCGUCAGGCUUGAUUGGCUCUUGGAUCUCGGCAGUCCCGGCAGCUCCAGCAGCUGAGGUGAAGGCGUGGUAUUACCAUGAUGUGCCAUGA